AUGGGAGAAUCUACAACCGGAUAUGUUUUAAGGGAUGUGGUGAAUGCUAUAAAUAAAAGAUUUUUGAAAGAAAAAAUCAGACUUCCAGUGAAUGAGAGUGAAUGCUUGGAGAUUAGUGAUGGGUUUAGUAAGGUGGCAGAUUUUCCAGGAAUAUUUGGUAUUAUAGGAUGUAGUCAUAUUAAAAUCAAAUCGCCAUCGACUUUUGCAACAAAUUAUUAUAAUCAUCAAAAAAACCAUUAUUCAAUAAUAAUACAAGCAGUUGUGGAUGAUAAAAAGAAAUUUAUUGAUAUGUCAGUUGGUUAUCCUGGUGAUGUUGGUUAUCCUAAUUUAAAUUGGAUGCUGACACCAUACAAUGACGAUGAUCAAGGAACGAUUCUCACAAGAGAGGAAUCGUAUUAUAAUUUGUGUCAUUCACACACAAGAAAAAAAAUAGAACAAAGUUAUGGAUUGUUAAAAUCUAGAUGGAAAUGUCUUAAUAUUACUUUUGAAGCGUCAAUUGAAUUUGUAGCAUUGAUUGUAUCAGCUUGUUGUAUUUUACAUAAUCUUUGCGAAGAAAGAAAAGAAUUUCUACCACCAUGUGAAAUCUUUUCUGAUAAUGAGAAGGUGGAAUUUACUCGUAAUAAUAUUAGAUCAGAAGCUGGUAUUUUAAAGAGAGAUAAAAUCAAAAAUCAUUUAUGGUUUACAAGAACUAAUAAUGAAACUGAAAAUUUUACUAAUUAUUAUUAA